AUGGCCGGCUACCCCUACCCGAGCCAGAACGCCAACUACGGCGGCUACCCGUCGCAACCUAGCGUCCCCACUGGAACCUACGGCGGCUACCCCGGCUACGGCGGCUACGCUGCACCGUCGGCCACCUCGGCGAUGUAUCCGCAGGGCCCUGCGCUGCCUUCGCAGAGCGCCUCCGCUAUGAUAGGAGGUGGCGGGGGCCCCGGCUACGGCUACGGUUACCCUCAGCCCCCGCCGCCGCCGUCACGCCCGGGACUCAUGGGUGUCUUGCUUGGUUCUUCCGGUGGAUCAGGACCCCAUCCACAGCACCACGGCGGUCCUCCAGGCGGUCCGGCGGGAUGGGGCGGUCCCCAAGGAGGUCCAGGCGGUCGGUGGUAA